UGAAUUUUGGCUGGUAGCUGUGGCGUUUUAGAGUUUUGCUUCAGUUCGGCUUAACAUAUGUUUAGCUUAGUUGCAAAACAAACGAGCCAUAGAGUGGACGAGCUGACGGACAGACACAGAAGAAACCACGAUACGUGUUCCACCCCAAAAAUAAAAGAAAGAAAAAACAUAUCGAACAAUACUGGGAAAAUUUGGAAAAAUAAAUUUUCAAGUAUUGAAACGGUUUAAAUUUAAAGUUUCUUUGCGUCAAAACUCCGCUCACUUUAUCGCUUGGUGUUCGAAUCGAAAAAUAAACAAUUUUCCAAUUAUUGCAAGUGAAAAAUAAAAACAACAUCAAAACAAUUGCCAAAUUAUUGCCCAAACGUGUCUAAAUUACCAACAACAAAAAACAAACAUUUGGAAGCCUCUUUCAAGUCGUAUUGAGAAAGUCUUUGAACCAUAAAACCCAAGCCAAACAACGAUUGCGAAAGUGUAAUUGAGUAAUUGGCCAUAACCGAAAAAAACGCGACAAUAAAAACGUCAAAAAGCAACAACAACAACAACAAAUUUGUAAUUUACAGACGAGUUCACAACAAAUCUAUUGACCAUGGAUAUAGCUUGGCGUUUUCGUAUUGCGAUUUUCGUCGUGGUGGCCUUGAUGGUAUUCGGUGACUUUUUUGGCUAUGGCGGUAUGAUGCGUGUGGUCAAAUCGGAUCCAAAUCAACAGACAGCAGCAGCGGGGGCGGGCAAGUUCCAGCAGAAAAAUGCCGAAAUUGAAAUCAGUGAAGUUGGCGACUUGGCUGAAUUUUCUGCCGAAGGUCUUCAAAAUAAACGCAACUCCAUGAAGAGUCAGCUGACAGAUGCUAUUAAGGAUUCAUGCCUGCCAAAGAUGCUGUGCGAAAUGGCUGCAAAGCCGGAUUAUGCCUUGACGGAGAAGGAAAAGGAUCUCAUGAAUUUGAUAAGAUCAUCAUCCAUGUCCCUGGCCAUGAAUGGCUCGCCCAGUAAAUGGCAUUUUGCUGCCCACAUGGGAGAAUUGUUGCGCUACACCGGUGACAGCUUGAGUGGACCCAUGGGUUGUGCCAAUUUGUGGCCCAACUGUCCAAUUAGUUCCAAGAAAUUAAUGAAAUUGUCCUAUAAAGUUAAGCUCUAAAUAGCGCAAAAAUCUCAGUCAAGACAGAAUCAUGUGAUCAUAAUUUU